AGGGGGUUGCCUGCUUCGAGGCGCACUGGACUGCGUGGCUGUAGGGGCUGCCCUUUAAGUGUCAUCUAGGACAGGACUCUAGCUUGUCGGUGUGUCAUGGGCUUUAACGCUUCUCGGUACGAAUUACAAGCGGGGACCCGCCCGGGCUCACCGGCGCGUUCCUAGUGACGCAAUCGCGGAGGUCCACUGCCCUCUGCUGGGCGUGGGGACGCAGUGCCGAGCGCCGCUGACGGACUUUGCGAGGUGCUAGAGAUAUAGAGAUAAAUGGCCUGGGCAAGAAUAACAGAGGACCCCUUUUGUGAAACUUUGCACUCUAUUGGAGGAAAUAAGCUUUGGGGGAAGAUGUAAUCGUGAAGUCUACUGGGAGAGGGAGGAGCAUAGCAAGAAAACAGCUGAUCCUUUCUUGAUCUCCCCUUGCCGGAUCUGAAAGAGAAGUAGUUAAUAGUUGCAUUUCAGGAAGAGAAACCAGCUUGCAAGAAUGGAGUUGAAACAGGAAAUGGCAAGAAGUCUUUUGAAGACAUCAUCUGUGAGGACAAAAUUACUACAUCAAACGGGAUUGUCACUUUAUAAUACAUCCCAUGGCUUCCAUGAAGAAGAAGUAAAAAAAAAACUUGAGCAGUUUCCUGGUGGAUCCAUUGACCUUCAGAAGGAAGAUGGUGGUAUUGGCAUUCUUACCCUGAACAAUCCAAGUAAAAUGAAUGCCUUCUCAGGAGUUAUGAUUCUACAACUUCUGGAAAAAGUGAUUGAAUUGGAAAGCUGGACAGAGGGGAAAGGUCUCAUUGUCCGUGGGGCAAAAAAUACUUUCUCCUCAGGAUCUGAUUUGAAUGCUGUGAAAGCACUAGGGACUCCAGAGGAUGGAAUGACCAUAUGUAUGUUCAUGCAGAACACCUUAACAAGAUUUAUGAGACUCCCUUUAAUAAGUGUUGCGCUGGUUCAAGGUCGGGCAUUGGGUGGAGGAGCAGAAUUUACUACAGCAUGUGAUUUCAGAUUAAUGACGCCAGAGAGUGAGAUAAGAUUUGUCCACAAAGAGAUGGGUAUAAUACCAAGCUGGGGCGGUGCUACCCGACUAGUUGAAAUAAUCGGCAGUAGACAAGCUCUCAAAGUAUUAAGUGGGGCCCUCAAACUGGAUUCAAAAAAAGCUUUAAACAUAGGAAUGGCUGACGAGGUCUUGCAGUCUUCAGAUGAAACUGAAUGUCUAGAAGAGGCACAAGAGUGGCUAAAGCAGUUUAUCAAAGGGCCACCAGAAGUAAUUAGAGCUUUGAAAAAAUCUGUUUCUUCAGGUAAAGAGCUUUGUUUUGAGGACGCAUUACAGAAUGAAAGAGACCUUUUAGGAACAGUUUGGGGGGGACCUGCAAAUAAAGAGGCUAUUGCUAGGAGACAAAAAUUUGAUAAAUAAUUUUUUAAAAUAUGAUGUACUACAAGAAAAACUCCAAUAAAUUAAUAAUUAUAAAGUUAAAUGUUAACUAGGAAUACCAGAAUCACUUUGAAGGCUACACUUAGUAUUUGAUUUAAUAAUUUUUUAAUAUCUGAACUCAUUGACCUAGUUUUCAGUAUACUUGGGUAAUUAUCAAGUAAUGUAGAACAUUUGGUUAAAAUAUACAACACUUUUGGCUUAAAAAUUAUCAAUUCCAUAGUAAUUCUUAGCCUGUAACAAAAGACCAGUUUUUGAGAGGAAAAACCUCUCCACAGAACCUAUUCCUGGGUUAUUUUUCAUGGUGUCUGUUCAGUCUUAUCUGGAAAUAAUUUACAAAAAUAACAGUGAAAUUUGCACUAAAGAACAAAAGUGGAAGAGGGGUCAGGGAACAAGAUAAGAAAAGAUAUGAUCAUUUUCUUCUGCCUUAAUCAGCGGUAAUAGGUAAAGAAUUGGGGAGAGGUGCUUAGCUGGCUCUGUUAGUGAAGCAUGUGACUCUUGAUCUUGGAGUUGUGAGUUUGAGCCCCAUGUUGGAUAUAGAGAUUACUUAAAAAAUAAAAGAAUGUUUAAAAAUAACUGGAGGAAUGCCUGGGUAGCUCAGUCGGUUGAGCAUCCGACUCUUGAUUUCAGCUCAGGCCAUGAUCUCAUAGUUCUUGAGGUUGAGCCCCCUGUCCACAAAGAGCCUGCUUGGGAUUCUCUCUCCCUCUCUCAAAAUAAAUAAAUAAACUUAAAAAAUUUGGGGAAUUGGGGCACCUGGGUGGCUCAGUCGGUUAAGCGUCCGACUUUGGCUCAGGUUAUGAUCUUGCAGUUUGUGAGUUCAAGCCCUGUGUCAGGCUCUGUGCUGACAGCUUAGAGCCUGGAGCCUGCUUCUGAUUCUGUGUCUCCCUCUCUCUCUGCCCCUCCCCUGUUCACGAUCUCUCAAUAAUAAAUAAACGUUAAUUUUUUUUUUUAAUAAAAAAAUAAAAUUUGGGGAUUUUUUUUCCCCCCAUGGCUCUUUUAAAUAAAAAUGCUCCCCACCUUACCACCCUACAAAAUUUGGAGCCUUACUGCAUAUUUUAGUAGUUUCUAUUUUAAAUGAUCUACUAAACAACCAUAGCCAUCAUGUGGAAAGUCUACUGACUCUACAAAAUUGGCCAUGCAUUUGUAUGCCCUGGGAUUUCCGAACUAGUAAGUAGUACUGUUUAGUUUACACAGUAAUACAAUUUAACUUUACAUCAAAACGUCCUGACAUCAAAAGGACUCAUGAUGCAUCAUUGUUACAUUCGCAUGUUAUAUCAGAUUUCUAUUUUUUUCUGAAAAGUGGCUAACCUUUCUUUUUUAGAACUAGCUCUAUUUUGAAAGUACACUUAAUAAAAAUGCACAGCUCAAACUUUUAUGAUCUCAAUGACACAGGCUUUAAAAGUAAGUCAAAGAAUGAAGUCCCAGUUCUAACCUAUCACAGCAAGGGAUAAAAGAUAAUUUCAAAGUAGUGGCAGUUUGUAUUUGCUCUUGUAACAUUCAAUUCAUACUUGAAAAACAUAUUAAAAGUAACUUGCAUAGGCUUCAACAUGAUCCUACUGUUUUGAGUUAAAACAUUAAAACAAACUCACACUACCUUUUUUCAGAACCAAAUUCUGGAUUUCCAAGUUAACCCAGGACUUCCUAUCUUGCCAUAGAGUCUACAUUUUGUGUGAAGUGAAUUUGUGUCUACUAAUGCUAUUUACAAAUAAUACAAUUUAAUCCAUUAGUGUCAGGCCACUAAUGAAGACUGGCAAGGAAAAUCUAGUAUGGUCUCCACUACCAGUUAUGUAAGAAAUUUAAGUCUCACGGGCUGUAGAUUUAAUUCCAUACACACUUAUACCGUGCAAUUGCUUGUAGAUUCUGUUUAUUCUUUAUGAAUAAAUCAAACUUCAAGCAGGUGACUAAGCUGAAUACCACCACUCCAAACCAUCACCUGUUUAUCAACCUUUGGCCACUAAUGUCAAAAUGUUUCUAUCCUCUGUCCAGACUCAAACAACAGACAAAUUAUUUUUGAUAAACUCUAGUAUUUAUUAAAUUAUAAAUUCUGUAAUCAAAAAGAAAAAUGCAGAUCAAGAGGAACCUCAAACUACAAGGACUAGACAGCAAAGCCUAUGGGAAACGCCAUGAAGUAUGUUACAAGAUUCUGAAACAUAAGUUAUUAACUGUUUUCUUUACAUUUCCAUUUCAGUAACUUUACGAUUUAAUAGUUGUUAUUCAUCUAUUUUAAAAUUCCAAAUUCACAUCUAUUUUCAUAUUAAUUAAGCUUCCCGUUCAUACUGAUACCAGACAUCUCAUAGGUGCCAAGUUUUAGUAAUGGUUUUACGUCAAUCCAUGCAGGAAAAUAAGACACAAUGCAAGAAUAAGAUGAGGACUGUUAAUGCACAGAUAAUACACACACACUGGCCAAAAGAACUGAAGAAAUUUUAAAAACCUAUAAAACAGACCUCAAAAAAACUGGGUUAUUACUAAACAACUCUCAACUAUUAACGCCCGAGUUCCUUAUAUUAAAUAAAUUCCUCAACAGAGACAUGUUAAACAUUUUUAUUACAGGUCUGUCCUCCCCAUACCCCUUCCCACCCCAACUCCCAAAAUGCACUACUAGGGAUGAGUAUAAUGUUAUGUGGGCAUAAAUUUACAGAUAACCAUUUUAACCUUGAAGAGUUUUUUAUUUAAACUUCAGUUACUGUGCACUGUCCAUCAGGCCUUCUAGAUCUGACACCAGCACUCACUGUUCCACCCCCUGCUACUGACAGAUCAGUUCCUGAUCGAUCAGAUACUGUCUGGUUUGCAUUAGGAACCAAAAGUCUCUGUUGGGUCAAGGAGUGUUGUGCAACAAGCGCAGAUACAUCCUCACUAUCACUACUGGCAUCUGAUUCAGUUUCUUCAAUGGAGGUGUCUGGUGCUGGUACCCUGCCUGAAGAUGGUGAUUCAUGAUCUUCUUCUCCUUCCCCCCUAUGACUCCUUUCAGCUAUGCUGUCUCCACUGAGUUGUAAAUGAGCAAAAGAGUCUUCCAGAGAAGUGCUUGCAUCAGGGGAUGGUGUUGCAGGGCUUGUUAACUGACCAUCUACUGAUGUUAGGGGCCUUACAGAAGACACUAGAGGCUGAACAGAAGCUCCACUCUGUGCUGAUAGACUGUCCGCUCCAUCUGCAGAGCUCUCUCUCGCUAGGUUUACAGUAUUAGCGUCACAGUCCAGCCUAAGUCCGGCUACUCCCUUCUUUGGUAUAUCUAUUAUAUCCCGCUUAAUCUUCCUGCGACGUCCAUGUUCAUUUCUCCUGUAUUGAACCAUAUUUUCAAGAUCAGCAACAUACAGAAACCCGGCAAUUAACAUUUCAGUGCUCUUUUUACCUUUGGAAAAAGCAUCUUCCAACUCUCUACUAGUGCGCUCAUCAUACUGCCACCACCCAUUUCUUCCUUCAUAAUACCAUGCAUAUUCACCAUUUCCUCUACUCGCUGCCUUGAGUUCUUCUGGUGACAAUAAGGUUGGCUUGUCAAGGAAAUCUUCGGGAAUUUCUUGUCGACAGAGGGCACAUCGCUUUCCAAGCCAUGAAGCUCCCUUUACGCACAGAUAGCAGAAAACAUGCUUACAAGGCAGACUGACUGGGUGAACACAUGUUUGCAGACAAAUGGCACAUUCAGGGACAGUUAGAGAAGGUGCAGUAUUAGAACAGGACUCAUUCGCUUUCCUGUUCGUAGGAAGCAUGUUUAUUGAGUGAUCAAUUUCACCACAGCCAGCCAUCCUAAGAAAAUGAGAGAAAAUACAUGUGAUAUUAAAACUGUUUCAACCCUUCUAAUACUGUAAUUCAACAAUUCAGAAAAACACUUAUUAAACACCUACUGUAUAUGUGUACUACAUACCAGACAAUGAGGAACAAAAUAAAAGAGAAAAAAUCUAA